AUGGACGCGUCUCUCCUCUCCUCGGCUCCGGCCGAUACCUUCAACGGCAAUGCGGCGGAGCAAAUCGCUCCUCCGAUGCAACCCCCAGGCACGGACAUGACCGGUAUAUGCUUCAGAGAUCAGCUGUGGAUCAACUCUUACCCUCUAGACCGUAACUACGUCUUCGACUACUUCGCAUUGUCUCCCUUCUACGAUAUCACCUGCAACAACGAGAUUCUUCGUCGGAGAUCCGUUCACCCUCUCGACCACUCUCAGCUCUCGAAGAUGACAGGAUUAGAGUAUGUGAUCAGUGAUGCUACUGAGCCAAACUUGUUCGUUUUUCGUAAGCAGAAGAGAGAUGGUCCUGAGAAAGUCACACCCAUGCUGACGUAUUACAUCUUGGAUGGUACUAUAUACCAAGCUCCUCAGCUUUGUAGUGUCUUUGCAGCUCGUGUUGGUCGGACUAUUUAUCAGAUAUCUAACGCUUUCUCAGUUGCUGCAUCGAAGUUGGAGACAGUUAGGCAGGUUGAUGUUAAAAGCCAGAACGAACCUUCCGAGACAAAGCCUGCUAGUGAGACGGUUGAUCUUAAGGAAGUGAAGCGAGUUGAUUUGAUUCUUAAGUCGUUAUAUAGCAAGUUACCCCCAGCACCUCCACCACCACCCUUCCCUGAAGGAUAUGUUAGCCAGGAAGCAUUAGGAGAAAAGGAAGAAGAGGUUGGAACACAAGGGGGAGAGUCACAACAGCCUCAAAUUGAUCCUAUUAUCGAUCAAGGUCCUGCUAAACGAAUGAAGUUCUAA